AGAUGCAUCAUUAGACGAUUUCUUCAAAUAUAUUGAUGUCGCCCGAUCAGCUGUACUACCAACGGACAUAAUACCUAUCUUUUUGCACAAAACGGGACUGGCAAACUUUGUUGUAGAUGAAGCCUGUCUUAUAACUCAAAGCAAGAGCUCAAGUGUGAAACAUGCAACUGAUUGCCCGGCAAUUCAGCUACCUGCGGCACUUGAUGAUAAAAUAUCAUGUUCCUUUGCAAAGAACUGCAGUUCUGUUAAAUGCUGCUUAGAUGCAGAGUUCAUUCAAAGGACAAUUUCAGUUGGAAUUCAUAUCGAUACCUGUGCCAGAAAACUACACUUGAAUAUACAGAAAAUGACACACGAUUUAGAUUUGAGUGAAACAACAUACGGAACAGAAUACACCGUCAGUCUAUCAGGAAUGGUCGAACUGAGAACCAAAAUAGAUUACAUUUCGGUGAAUAAUGUGUUUGUCAUGGACAUGGGUGUGAAGAUAUGCUGGGACAGAAAUACGUGUGCAUUCCAUGCAACAAUAUUAAAUAGAACUGUAAUAUCUACCCCAGUGUGUGACUGGGACAAAGGUUUCAAUGUAAAAGAUUUCUCCCUUGCAACUUGGAAGACAGAUCACAAUCUAGGACCAGCCGACAACAUUGAAGGACUCUUGUCGGAUCAGCUGUUCGAACAUUUGAAACUGUCGCAGUAUUUAUUAUCACGAUGCAAUGCAAGUGAUGCUAAUGCAUUAUCAAAGACGACGGAGUGUUCACUUAAUUUGCCACGUUGGUUUGAAAAGAACAAGGAAUUAGAGUGUGGAUUCCAAGACUCUUGUUCAAACAUUACAUGCUGCUUAUUUUCGAAGUCUCUCGGGCGGUCAUUUUCAAUCAAUGUAGACGUUCGAUCUUGUGAAUUCAAAAUGUUCAUUGCAAUAGAGAAGUUUAGAAAAGAAAUAUCCCUGAUUGAUUAUAAAUGGGGGAUAAGUGAAAGAGUCAGUCUGUUUGGAAUCGUAACACUAACGUAUUCAAUUUAUGACGUUCCUGCAGAAAAUGCAUUUAUCAUCAAUAUGCAACUAUCUGUUUGUUCAGACGAGACAUCAACGUGCUUGUUUGAUGAAACCGUUUUAGAUUUUCAAAGAGUCAAGAAAGAAUCAUGCGAUUGGAAACUUGCUUCAAUUGAUUCAGAUUUCAAUCUCACCAACUGGAUGCAAUUCAGAGGAUUGGACUUUGGGUCAUAUUCAGUGCACGGAAGGCACUAUUUAAUGGAAAAACUCGGAAUAGACAGAUUGCUUUUACAACCAUCGUGUAAUAUGAACGAAAAAAUAUAUGAAUAUUCAGAAUGUUCCGCAACCGAUAUAUCUUCACAGUUACUACCUAUAGCAGCAUGUAGACUGUCGGCAGAAUGCAUGAAUUUGGAAUGUUGUUUAGAUACUCCCGAUGUCAAUCAACGCUUCAAAUUUCAAUUUAUAUUUGACCCCUGUAACUACAAAUAUGCUAUCAGCAUUGACAAAUUUACGUUUGAGAACAACCUAUUCAAUGUCGAUCUCACAACAGCCCAGAUGUUUUCUUUACUGGGAGUAGUUUCAGUAAGAUACCGUAUAGAAGAUUUGGCGAUAGACGGUCUAUACAAGGUUAACCUAAGGAUAAAAAUUUGUUUUGAUAAAAGCACGUGCCCGGUUGAUCUACAAAUCUUAAAUGAUACACAGAUACCAAAGCCACACUGCUUUAUGAAACUCAAACAAGAAUACAACAUAAAAGAUUUUUCUUUACGGAGAUGGUUAAACAGAUACAGUACAAAUUUGUCAGUCUCUCCGCUUUCACAGAAUGUUGCUGCAAUUUUAAUGAGCGAUCUCGGCAUCACAGAGUACAUGGAAAGCAAUUAUUGUGCAGUUGGCAUGCAACCAUUCAAUCACUUCGGCUGGGAUAGAGGGGAAUGCCUACUGAAUGUUACCAUACCAGAUGCCAAUCUGCAGAAUAUUUCUUGUACAUUGCUCGCAAAAUGUACCUCGGCGUCUUGCUGCAUUCCCAUUCCACUUAUAGGCAGAAAUGUCAAAGUAAACCUAGAUGUUGACCCGUGUGCUCUGACGAUGAAUGUAGGUGUCGAACGGCUGAAUUAUUCACUCAGUCUGAUUGAUUAUGAAUUUGGAAGGCAGGAAUAUAUUUGGCUCGCUGGAGUUUUACGACUCACAUUCUCCAUUCAUGACCUAGCAAGCCGGAAUGAAUACCUUAUUUCGCUGAAGUAUGAAGAAUGUUGGGAGUCUCACAAAAGUUGUUCAAACGAGUACAAAAUACUUGAAAACCAAAGGUUACCGAAGCAGAUCUGCAAAUUCACUGAUAGCUACAACAUUCCUGAGUUUUCUCUCUCUACCUGGAUGACUGAUAAUGGGUUGAACAAGAAUGAUGUACUAAAUUCACAGCAGCAAAAGUAUCUUCUUGCCGAUUUAGGACUCGGUGCUUAUCUUAAAGAAAAUAUAUGCAUCUUGAAGAACACACCAACUAAGUUGUACCUGAACGGAUGGAUCAAUGAAUGUUCAAAAACAGUACAGCUUCCUUCAUUACAUGACGGUAUACAGUGUACACUCUCGGAUUACUGUACAUCUGUCAGUUGCUGUGUAGCUUUGCAGCAGAUAGGAUACAAUCUGCAAGUAGAUCUGGACAUAGAUCCCUGUAAACAAAUGUUGUCAAUACAUAUUGAACGAAUGAAGAACGAAAUUGCUCUAAUAGAUUAUAAAUAUGGUGCAUUUGAAGACUUUUGGUUAUUUGGUAUAGCUCAAGUCAGAUACCAAGUGUACGACCUACAUGAAGAACGGAAAUACCAACUGAAUUUGAACAUAAGUAUCUGUCUUGAAUCUCACUUGCCAUGCCAGAACUUUUCAGUGUUCCAAAACACUAAACUUCACAAAGUUAAAUGUGAUUGGGGAACGAAAACGGAAACUUCAGACGAAUUUUCAAUUUCUAAUUGGAUGAGUAACUUCAAAGAAGACAUCAAUGAUAUCAGCAGUUUGCCAACAUACGCUCUUGACACACUGUAUAAUGACAUGGGUGUCGCGGAUUUCCUCUCCCAAAGUCAGUGUGCCGUCGGAAUUCAUCCAUUUAGUGUCAAGGGUGGUAUAAAUAACGAAUGUACCAGACUUUCAAAGCCACUAAGUCCGCUAGGUCAGGUGUCGUGCCAUCUAAGUUCUACAUGCAUGUCUCUAGAAUGUUGUAUUGACACUGAUAUACUGCCGAGGACUAUACACACUUUCUUACAAGUAAAUGCAUGUGAGCAAACACUUGCUGUUGGUAUCGAAAAAUUCACAUUCGAAAUGGAUUUGGUUAGCUAUGACUUUGGAACACCUGAGCACUUUUGGUUACAGAAAAUAUUCCGUAUUGAUUUCCGUCUUUUUGAUCUGAAAGAAGAGAACGCGUAUGUUCUUGACUUUGAUAUAAGUGUUUGCCUUGAGAGCGGGAUAGGUUGCACGUUAAUGCAAACUGUUUUAUCGCAAGCAUUAUUACCGAAACCGCAAUGUGGUCUAAAGGAAGGAUUUAAAAUAGAUAAUUUCUCAAUGGUCGGAUGGUUAUCGAAACACGGUUAUGCGCACGGAGAUGUAAUAUCGGACCUUGAUCACUCUGCUUUAAUGUCAGAUAUUGGCUUACCAAGAUACCUCCUGCUUUCCGAAUGCAAGCUGUCAAAUAUUUCUGAUAACAAUGCAACGUCAGUAUGCGCCUUAAGCCGACAUAUUGCUACUCUUCCGAGACAGCUGAGCUGCUAUCUAUCCACAUGUAAUGAUGUGCAAUGUUGUUUGUCUGUCGAGCCUCUUGGAAGAAACUUCAUGAUAAGUUUUAGCGUAGACCCAUGUCGACAGCUGUUAUCCGUUGCGAUAGAAGAGUUCAAGACACAGAUGUCACUUAAUGACUUUGAAUGGAACAAAGAACACGAAAUAUAUUUUAAGGGUAUCAUAAGAUUAAUGUUUGUAUUGGAUAAUCUGGUCGGAGAAAAUGCUUUUGUGUUAUCACUCGACGUUAAAGCUUGUCUUGAAUCAAAGGGCGCAUGCUAUUUUGAAAAGAACGUGUUCAACAGAGUAAAAUUUUCUAAACGACUUUGUGAAUAUUCAGUGAUGAGCUCCUUUCCUAUUAAAGAAUUUUCACUACUUGAAUGGAAACUACACAAUAACCUACCAACAGACUUGCCACUGGAAAGUCCAUUAUCUGAUAUAUUGCUUGACGACUUAGGCCUUUUAACGUACUUAAAUGAAAUCCAAUGUGAGCUAAACCACACAAAGCACAAUGCUGGAUGGAUAAACAAUUGUCCAUACAUAAACACCAAGAUUUUGCCACAAAUCCUAUCAUGCACGUUAGACAGCACAUGUUCUAAGCUAGAAUGUUGUGUAUCAGUGGAAGCUAUCAACAGAAAUGUUCAAUUUGAGUACGACAUUAAUGUCUGCGAAUCAACCGUGGAAGUCAGCGUUGAAAAAUUACAGCUGAAACGAUCUUUCUUCGACUUCUAUUGGGGAAAGCCAAAAAGAUUGAACUUUGGUGGCAUUGUUCGUUUAGACUUUUCCUUUACUGAUCUCCCAAAUGAAAAGAAGAUUCUGUCGAGCACAUCAAUAAGUGUUUGUUUCGAGUCGACAUCGUCCUGUGCAUUACAGACAACUGUACUUGAUGAAUUGCUCUUUCCAAAAGAAUUGUGUGAAUGGAAUAAAAAUUUUGUCUUAAAGGAUUUCUCUUUGCAACGAUGGAUAUCGCAUGAAGGUCUUAUACAGGGCAUUCCAUUAAAUCAGUACUAUGCAUCAAAAUUGUUAGAGGAACUGAACCUUUCUCCGUUUUUAAUGAAAGAUUACUAUAUAAAGGAUCUAUCCAGAAAUAUGUCAUGGACUUUUGAUUGCCCUAGAAGUGUCAGCACCGGAAUGAAUAACUUGCCAUACAAUAUGCAAUGUGUUAUUGGCCAAAGCUGUACUGCUGUCGAAUGUUAUGUUGGAGUAGAAAUAUUGAACAGAACAUUUAAAACACAAGUGAACAUUGACUCCUGUGCACAUCAAAUAACCUUUGCUGUUGAAAAGUAUCAACAUAGCAAACAGCUUUUUAAUUACACAUGGGGACAAACAGAACAUACAUGGUUGUUUGGUGUUAUCCGCAUGAGCGUAUCCGUAUAUAACCUUGGUGGAGAAGGGAAAUACGUUGUCAAUUUGAACAUUAGUGUGUGUCUGGAAGCACAUGCAUCAUGUCAAACCAAUGUUCAAGUUCUUGAAAACGCGGUACUUCCAAAACUCAACUGUGACUGGAAUGCUGAUUUUGCUGAUCCAGAUUUUGAUAUGAACGUUUGGUAUAGAACACAAGGACUCUCCCCUGGCACAGAUUUGACAGAAAAGUACACUCAUAUACUAUACAACGAUCUCAAUCUGUCACCAUACAUUGGGAAACCUUGUUUGUUUAACAACAACACAUUUAACAUUUCUGAAGCAGGCUGGGCGAAUGAAUGUCCGUAUGAUGUUGAUUUACCUCAACUUCCGGAUUCUACAAAGUGCCGAGUGCCGACGUUUUGUACCGGCAUAGAAUGCUGCACAGAAGUAAAUCUCGUUCGCAGACAUAUCAGAACAUACAUCUUCCUACAUACGUGCUUAGGUCGUCUUGAAAUUGGUAUAGAGAAGAUGAAAUACACCCUUGAUUUGAAUGACUUUGAAUUUGGAACAGAGAAAAGUGUCAGCUUACAAGGGGUUUUCAGACUUCGAUUUGUUAUAGAAGACCUGAGAAAUGAGGGCGUUCUUCUAAUGACAUUGGAGAUCGAUGUUUGUUUUUCUGCAAAGCAAACCUGUAUGGAAAAUAUAAAGAUCUUGAAAAAUACAAAACUUCGAAAACCUGUCUGUGAUAUGAGUACCGGAUACAAAAUUACAGAUUUCUCGAUGCAGAACUGGCUGAAAAACAAAGGACUCGUAGCGGGAAAUAUUGGAGCAUUACAACUGUCCAUGCUGUAUGAGGAACUCGGAUUAUCAACCUACCUAAAAGGAGAUGCUUGUAAUAUACCAAAAAACUCAACAAGUUGGAAAAGAGACUGUUCACUAAAUAUUGAUCUACCAGAUCUGCCAGAUAACGUUUUCUGCACUAUCAGCAAGACAUGCAAUGCUAUUGACUGUUGUUUGAAGUCUAAACUGCUUCAGCGUAUUUUUGCUGUGAGUCUGAAAGUGGAUCAAUGUAAGAUGGUACUGACAGCGGUUAUAGAAAAGGUUACCUUCGAAAUACCACUGCUUGUGUAUGAAUGGGGUUUAGAGAAGGACUUUGACUUGUUUGGCGUAAUUCGAAUGAGAUAUUCCGUUGAUGAUCUGCAUAUUGGUGGAAAGUAUAUUUUAAAUGUACAAAUGGCUGUUUGUCUUGAGUCCAGGGACCAAUGCGAAACUAUUGUAUCUGUUUUAAACAACACUCUGCUGACGAAAACCCCAUGUGACUUGGAUCCAGGGUUUGUUGUUCAAAAUUUCUCUCUCUCUUCCUGGCUUACGACCAAGGGGUAUCCACUGAAAAGUUACCUAGGGGAUGACGUCACGGCAGAACUUCUCGAAGUUCUCGGUAUUGUUGGAUACCUAAAUGAGACACAAUGUGAAAGGAAAUCACCAACAUAUACUCCAUCAGCAUAUGGAUGGAAAAGGAGUUGCUCUCUUGGGGUAAACGUGAGUCCUCUUCAAAAUAUACUGACAUGUGCCCUGCAAGAAUCUUGUUCAGCUGUGGACUGUUGCAUUGAUGUGUAUUUGUUGGAAAAAUCGUUCAACGUAAAAUUUAAUCUUAAUCCGUGUACAAAUAUGUUGGAAAUUGGCAUUGAAAGACUGACAUUUGAUUUACCUUUAGAAGACUACAUAUCUGGAUCUCAGUCACGUUUCUGUUUAUAUGGAGUGAUCUGCUUGGAUUAUUCUAUCAAGGAUCUGACUUGGUCAGGGAUCUAUAUCGUCGACCUGAAACUCAGCAUAUGUUUCGAUUCUUCAACACCAUGCCAUAUAGAAAGUCAAAUUUUCAAAUCUACUGUAUUGCCGAAAAAGAUCUGUGACUGGGAAGAUGCGAAUUUAAUACAAAAUUUCACACUAAGUGAUUGGUAUUCAAAGCGAGGAUUCGUGGAGAUGAAACAGUUACCCUCUUAUAUAGCUGCAGCACUAGAAAAUGAUAUUGGACUGUCAAUGUAUCUUAGCGAUGUUGAAUGUAACAGAAACCAGGCACCGUAUCUAUCGAAUUCUUCCGAUUGUUCAUCAGAUUGCCCGCUCCAAAUACACAGUUCAGUUUAUGAUGAUAUGUCUUGCUAUAUCCCGGAUUAUUGCACAGCUGUUGAUUUAUGCGUCUAUGUACCGCUUAUCAACCGAAAUAUCCACGCAUACCUUCGACUACACGCCUGUGAUGCUUUGUUGGAUGUCGGAAUUGAACAGUUCAAAUUUUCAGUCGGACUGUUUGACUAUGAAUUUGGAAAUGACGAUGAAGUUAACCUGAAGGAUGUGUUCAAGCUGAGGUUCCGAAUUGAUGAUCUUGCAACUAGGGGAGUGUUUGUAGUGAACCUUGAAUUCAGUAUCUGCUUUAUAAAUUCAAGUUGUGAGAACACAUAUGUUAUAUUUGAUCGCACUGUACUACCGAAGUUGCCAUGUUCUUGGGAUUUGGGAUUUAGAAAUGAAUCAUUUUCUGUGACUAAAUGGAUGUCUGACAGACAUAUUACGAAAGGAGAAGUGACGGACGUACAACGCAAAGAAUUGUUCGAAACACUUGGUUUAGCAGCCUAUCUUGAAGACAAUGCUUGCUAUCUUUCUGAACAGCCAUACUCUCCAUCAGCUAAUGGCUGGAAUACCGACUGUCCAGCUAAAUUAACCCUAAAACCGCUGUCAUCCGGUAUCGGCUGUUAUAUUUCUAACAUGUGUACAGCUGUUCAAUGUUGUCUCGAAUUAGACAUUGUUCAGACUUCUGUUCAAUUCUAUGUCACUGUUGAUGGAUGCGAAAAACAACUGACAGUUGGAAUAGAGCAAAUGGAAACAGUGAAGGAUUUAAGAAACUACCAGUUUGGGUCCUGGGAUCGUUUCUAUUUGUAUGGCGUCUAUAGAAUAGACUACUUGAUCGAAAAUUUCCAAGGAGGUCGUAAAUAUGUCAUGGAUAUGAAUAUCAGCGCUUGUUUUGAAAGCGAUGGGGAAUGCGCCAAUACGAUUCCUGUCCUCCAAAAAACAAUUUUGCCUAAAGUAAAAUGUGAUUGGCUAAAUGGAUUCACUGAUGAUGACUUUUCACUUACAUCAUGGAAAAGCGACAAAGGCGUUAGCAAAAGUGAACAACUUUCGCCUACCUUGUUUGAUUUACUUGCGAGUGAUUUGGGAAUAAGCCAGUAUCUCAAAGACGAGGAGUGUAAACUGUCUUCCGUCAGGCCUUUGCACGGAUGGAAAAACUUGUGUCCUUUGAAUGCUAACGUUUCUAUUUUACCAAACAACAUGGAGUGCAUCAUGGGUCUUACUUGUUUGACAAUCGACUGCUGUCUCUUUGUCAGUGAUCUUAAUCGAAGCUUCAGUGUUUCUCUGCACGUAGAUGACUGUGACUAUCAGAUAUCAGCAAGCAUUGAAAAUCUGAUUAUGGAAAGAAAAUUGUCCGCCUUUGAAUUUGGUAAAAGGAUCUCAUUUGACAUGGACGGACUAAUAUCUAUGCGAUUUAUGGUGGUAAAUCUAGAAUACACGAACAAAUACAUUUUGGACCUCGACGUUGAUGUGCAUUUUGAAGCCAGGAAACUUGCAGCAUCGUCUACCAAAGUACUUGAUGAUCUGUUGGUACCGCGUAUACCAUGUCAAGUUAAUUCUGGUUUUAUAACGAAAGAUUUUUCGUUGGAUAAAUGGAAAGACGUCACCAACGUCAGUGUGAUAGAUGAUUACCAAUCUGUUCGACUACUUGAAGACAUCGCAAUUUCUCCAUUUUUGCACCCCAACAGAUGCACAGUUCAUGAUGGCUCCGAAAUAGACACUUCCUUAUGUCCCAUGGAUGUAGAAGUUCUGCACUUUUACGGCUCGGCUUCCUGUUCACUGACUGAACUCUGCUCUGGAAUUAGCUGUUGCCUUGAUUCCUCUGAGGUCGCAGUGAAUUUUAUCGUCGAAGUCCAAAUCAAUGCAUGUAAAGAGGAGGUUGUAGUCGCUUUGGAAAAAUUAAAGUACAUUAUACCAUUUAGAAACUUGACAUGGGGAGAACUGCAAACAUUCAGUCUAUUUGGGGUGAUCAGACUUGAGAUGACAAUAUCGGAGACAAUCAAGUCACAAAUUUACAGCUUAAACCUUAAAGCAAGCAUUUGCCUUGGUGAAAAUGAAACCUGUAAUACAGAAUAUCAAGUACUCAAGAAUGCAUAUCUCACAGCGUUGCCAUGUGAUUGGUCCUCUGGAUUUUUAGACAAAGAUUUUAACUAUGAAGAAUGGCGAAACCAAUCGCAUUACGGUCAACAUCAGCUUCCAGAAACUGGUGUAGCAUUUUAUUUGUCAAAGAUUGGUGUUGAGCCUUACCUUAAGCACAGAAUGUGUGAUUCCUCAGCAUUCCCUUAUAUACCUUCACCUACAUCAGGCUGGACAUCCGACUGUAGAAACAACGCCAGCGUACAAGCUUUACCUGACGACACAAGGUGUUUCAUGGUUGACACUUGCUCCGGGUUUGAGUGCUGCUCAUAUAUUGACGAACUCCAGAGGUCGUUCCAUGUACAGCUUAAACUAGACCCUUGCUCUCAGACAUUAGCCAUUGGAAUUGAACGCAUUUUGCAAACGAUUUUAUUAACAAAGUUUGAAUGGGGCGUCUUGAAUAAAUUCUAUCUAAAUGGCUUGAUCAGACUCGACUAUUCAAUAACAAGUCUACCGAUAAAACGGAUAUAUGUCGCAAAUGUAAAUCUCAGCAUUUGUUUAGAUCAGGAAAAUUGCAAAGUAGAAAUGGAAAUUCUUAAAAAUGAUAUUUUACCACAAACAAUAUGUGAAUGGAAUCCAGACUAUACAGAAGACGCGUUUUCACUUAAACAAUGGAAAGAAGACAAAAACAUUUCAAAAUUUGGAGGACUUGACGAUGUUGAACAAAUUGAACUAAUGACCAACUUGGGUAUAUAUCAGUAUCUCCGGACGCCCGAGUGUUCUGAGCUCAACGGUACCAACUCGGAAGAAUGUGGGGUGACUCCAGACUUCCCAUCAUCAUGCAGUUUAUCUAAAAACUGUGCGAGAAUAUCGUGCUGUGUAUAUUCUGACGUUUUGCAGCGACGUAUUUUCUAUGAAUUAGACUAUGAUAGAUGUAAUCAUUUGGUAAACUUAAGUAUCGAGACUUUCAGCAGGACAGUAUCUCUCUACGAUUUUGAAUAUGGAAAAGAAAUGACGAUGUCUCUUUAUUCUGCCUUGCAAAUAAAAUUUAUGAUAGACUAUCUUGUGAUUAGUCGAUCUCACAUUAUAAGUCUUAACAUCAGCGAGUGUUACGAAUCGAGUGGUCCAUGUUCAGUGGUGUUAGAAGUUCUUAACGACGACAAAUUUUCAUCAGAAGACUGUCCCAUCAACAAGAAUUAUAAAAAUGAAGAAUUCUCACUGACGGAGUGGUCAUCUGAAAGGAAUCUUAACUACACUGAAUUGCCCACGUAUGCAAGAAAAGUACUUCAUCGAGAUCUAGGAAUAAGCCAGUACCUGCAACAAAAUGAAUGCAUAGUGGAGUCAUAUAAUGAUUCAUAUGGCUGGAAUUCUGAAUGUGCAGAGAAUAUAACCUUGCUAAACAUCACUGACGAAGACGCGUCCAUAUCUUGCAAUUUGCAAACUUCCUGCUCGAACCUGGACUGUUGUUUCUAUGUGGAUGAGAUCCAAAAGACAUUUAAGUUCCAGUUUCUGUUUGACCCAUGCAAACUCAAGCUUACUGUAGGGAUAGAAAAGCUUGUCUAUGAAGUACCACUGAAGGAGGCAGUAACUGGUCACUAUCUUACAAUGAGUAUGAAUGGCUUUAUAAGAAUGGAGUUUAUGAUAGACGACAACUCAAAUAACGAAUAUGUGAUAAAUCUACGUCUUAAAAUAUGUAUGGAGAGUGCAUUUGAAUGCAAUCGUGAUAUCGAAAUCCUGCGAGGCCUUGUUGUUAAACGAGAGUGCGACUUUGGAUCAGCCUUUGAAAAUCCUGGCUUCUCAUUGGCUGUUUGGGAAACGAACAACGCUGUGACAUCAGGUUACGCUAUGACUGACAAACAAAGAGACUUACUGAUGCAACAUUUAGGCUUGGAACAUUUUCUUCUGAAAGAACCAUGUAAAUUGAGAACUAACACGGCUGAAGACGGCUUUGACACAUGUGUAAGGACAAAAACUGGAGAAAGUUUCGACUGUUGCGUUGAAUCAAAAAUUCUUGGAAGAAACCUAUGGAUGAAUUUUACCAUGGAUGCAUGUAAUUAUCACAUGGAAAUGAACUUGGAAAAUCUACAACAAAAACAUCUUUUGCUCAAUUACGAGUGGAGGACUCUACACAGUAUAUCAACAAAGGGUGUAUGGCAUGCAGAAUACAUGGUGACGAACGUUCAGUCAGAACGCGUGUUUUCUUUAGACAUUUCCUUACAACAGUGUUUCGAGCCUAACUGUACGUCACGAUUGAUCGUAGCUAAUGACGUACGUAUACCGUAUCCGUCCUGCCAAAAUGUGACCAGAAAUGACACCCGUCAACCAUUCUAUGGAAUAUCAUAUGACUUCUGGAAGCAACCAAUAUGCACGACAGAUAACUAUACAGUGUCGACAGUUUGUGAUCCUUUACCAGCGGAGCUUCAAAACAUUUGCACUUGGGCCCCUGACUGUUCAGGAAUACAGUGCUGUACAGAAUUUUAUUUUAAUGCGGGCAAACGAAAUGUUAUGAUACAUUUGUCGCUGCUAUGCAAUGACGGGAAGCUGCAGUAUGGAAUUGAAAACAAAAUAUGGAACAGACCACUUUCGAAUUUAGAAGGACCUAUCCACGAAGUUAUAGCAGAUACAAUCUACUUUGACAUGAACGUAUCAACCGCUGCACCGUCAAGAUAUAAGAUCUCUUUGACUAUAUCAGUAUGUACAGGCACACAGGACACGUUUGGUUGUCAACUAAACUUCCGUUUGUCGCAAACGACAAAAUGCCCUGGUCACAGAAGACGACGAAGGAGAAGUGUUACUGAAGCGAUAUCGUUAGGAAUGGAUAUCAAAGAAGCCGUGACACUAUUGAUGAGUCAUGGAACAUCUCCUGCCGAUAUACAGAAGUUCGUGGAAGAUGCUAUUGAAUAUCAGAAAGUGCAAAAGGCCGAAGUAUGGCAAGGUGAACAACUGAGUGACUCGGAUUCAAGCACUGGUUAUGCAGCAACUGUGAAAGCAUUAGGAGAAAAUAAUCCACAAACCCUUAAACACAGAAGUUCCGAAUUAUCAGUGCAAGUUGAAGUUAAAGGGGCUGACAAAAUCUUGGAUAUGAUUGGAAGUGCAAAUGACAUAGUAAGCAGAGCUGAUCAGCUAUUUGUUGUCGGAAAGGGGCUUUCAAAAGAAGGGACGAAAUUGUUGGGCGCGCAACUCGCAAAUAUGACGAUUGGUGAUCUGGAAGCAAUGUUAGAAGUCAAUAAAGUUGACCCAACUAUGAUAGGAAAGCUAGUUCAUGAUUUUAUAGACCUAGCAAAGGCACUGUAUUCUGAAGUAGUGGACAAACUAUUUUCCGGAGAACUUGGAAAUCCAUUCAAAUCGUUUGACCUAUCAUUGAAAGGACAGUUUGUAAUACCUAAAAGGAGUGUGCGGUUAUUCAAAUUUGACGAAGACUUUAUGUUAGGGGGAUUUAUUACUCUUACCUUUUCAUUUGGAGCGGAUGGAUAUUAUGGUUUGAAUUUGGGCUGGGAAGGUAAACUUAUAGCUAAAACUGCAGGAGCCACUGUUGUGCCUUAUGGAGGCCUAACAUGCUAUGGUGAAAUGGGUAUCGGAUUUGUAAUGUAUGGUAAACUUCGAUUAGAAGGACAAAUAAUGGACCUGAGAUUUCCAACACGUGCUGAAAUAGGAUUCUCGAAAUUCCCAUUGGAUGUGGCGUUGAAAAUGGACUUAGAGCUAACGCCAGUUAAACUAAAACUGAUCGCACUAGUGACGCUGGAGGUAAAACUUCUAUUUGUCAAAAUAAAGAAGAUAUUAUACAGCAAAGAUUUAUGGCACUAUAAAACACCGACGAUCAGGAAAACAAUUAUCGACGUUUCCACAAAAGAAAAAGAUGAAUCCCCGCCUCAGUUCUCGCCAGUUGUUAGCAACGAAAAUAACCGCGGGAAAAGGUCAAUGCCUGCUUGUGAUAUCAGUCAGAUAAAGAAUCGAGAUUAUACUGAGCCUGCGUUUGAGAUAUCCGUUGCAGCAGCAGACGAUAGGAGUAAUGUGAAAUUUUUCCUUGAUGUUGGAACAUUCCCUGCAGGAAGUAAUAUUGUCAAUGACCGUCAACUUGGUGGUUCAUCGACAGUUUUAGCAACAGCAGUGGACGAAUAUCCAUCCGGAGUGCCCUUAUAUUUUACCGUUUAUGCUGAAAAUAGUGCAGGAGCGAGAGCGGGAGUGACCUGUAUGUUGACCACAUAUGAUACUACAGAACCUACGGCUAGAAUCACACCUGCAUUCUUAUCAACAAGUAAUCCGAAUGAAAUAAAAGCAUCUGUGUUAGUUCACGAUGACUCAGAAAUUAUCAAAGCUUUUACUGGUGUUGGUUAUGGAAAGGGGAGUUACGGUGACCAAGUGGUUCCAUGGACACUGCGUAAUUUAAAGGAAAGAACAACCUUGUCUACAAGUGGUGAUCCGUUAAAACAGUUCUCAGAUUUACAAGACGGAAAAUUUGUUUCGCCUCCAAUCAAAACACUUAACGAAAUACCAACAGCUACUUCUUGUGCACAAACAUGUUUAGCUCUUGGACACUGCGUUAGUUUCAACUACGAUUACAGUCCAGCGGGAACCUGUGAACUUCUUCGAUCAAUCCGUCAGUUUGAUGAUACAUUGGCACAGUCGGGUCUAUUCAGUCAUUUUGAGCGUUUGUCUAGUGGUCAUUCUGUUGAGGUCAACCAUAAUGACCUCAACCUACAGCACAAUCGACUCCAUUUUGUCAAUACAGACCUCAAGAAUGUUUUGGGCUAUAGGUCUAUCAUUCCAAGCGCUGGAAUAUUGACAGAUUACACAUGUCCAGAACCUGGACCUAUCGUCAAUUCUUCACGGGAUUCAUUGAGCAUUGAUGAUUGCCUCUCUUUGAUUCCACCUGACCGGCCUGAUCUAAACAGAUUCUGUAUUGGUAUUUACUCCAAAAGACUCAAUCACAGAACCAUUAUUGACGGCGAAGGAUCCAGAACGGUGUUUAAUGGAGACAAGCCUGUAUUAGAUCUCAAGUAUACAAGGAGUAACAAUUACAUUGCUGGAAAUUGGGACGGGAUUACCGAUGAUGAAACUGGUAUAAGAGCGUAUGCAUUGGCAGUUGGAAGACACAUAUGUGAAGACUCUAUUCACCCGCACCAUGAUCCACAUAAGCAUUUGAUGCACGAAUCACAAUGGACAAACAUGGCAAUUAUGACUGCCACGGCGGAUUAUAAUCCUUUUCCACUUGAAUCCGGGAAAUACUACUUGACAGUUAGGGCAAUAAAUAAGGUGGAAUACGGAGGGCCACUAGCAACAACUAUCUGCCAUAGCGUACCCUAUAUCAUUGAUAUCACCAAUCCUGUUGUGUAUGAAGUUUUUGAUAUCAAAUAUGACGAAGAUCGUUAUAUGUUAUCUGCAGAACAUAACUCUACGGACAUUGAAUCUGGUCUUGACUCUGUUGAAUUGUGUAUCGGAGACAACCCCAGAAACUGUGAGCUAUUGUCAUGGACAAGAAGACCGAAGUCACAAUACAUUAAUUAUACACACCAUAUUCCAGAUGGCAUCCCGGCUUGGAUUCGUUUACGUGUUACAAAUAAUGUUGAAUUACAUUCUGUGGGGAGAGCUGAUCAAGCUAUUAUUGUGGAUGCCAGUCCGCCUUUGGCUGGGACUGUAUACGAUGGUCCUUUAUUCAAGGAUGACUUGCAGUUUACAAAAUAUUCGAAACAGAUUUGUUUGAAUUGGUAUGGUUUUUAUGAUCCGGAGUCAGGAAUUUCAUCCUACGAAAUAGGAGUUGGAACAUCUGCGGGACUUACCGACAUAGCGGAGUUAAAAACACUUAAACAUCAAGAACAUUCUUAUUGUGUGUCUUUAGAUGAAAAUUCGACAUUGAUUCACAAUAACGUUUAUUAUCCCGUUGUCUGGGCAAAUAACGGAGCUGUCAACCAGAAGAAUAUUUCAGGAACAUCAGACGGAGUGCGUGUUGACCUGACAAAACCCGUUAAGGGGAAAGCUGUGGAUGGAAAUAUUAACAAUCUAACCGAUGUGCAAUACAGUUCAUCAAAAUCAACGGUGCAGUUACAGUGGGACCAUUUUUAUGAUCCAGAGUCAGGCAUUAGGGAAUAUGACGUUCAGAUUGCAAGAAGAAGGCAUGGCAGCGACUGGGCUACAAUUAAGGAAUGGUCCAAAUUUGGAAAACACUCUAAAAUGGCUGAAUGGCGAAAUUUCCAUCUGAACCAUAACGACGAAGUCAAAAGCACUGUUAAAGCUGCCAAUGGUGCAUUGAAUGAUGUUGAAACGGAAACAGACGGUUUUAUAGUUGAUCUAACAUCACCAUUACUUGAACAUCUCAAUGAUGGAUCGGUCAGCGGCAAAGACAUAGAAUUCCAGGUCAAUGCAACUGAGGUGCAUGUUAAUUUCAAAUUUUACGACCCUGAGUCAGGAAUUAAACAGUUACGGUACCAACUACAUGAGCAACAACAUGGAACAACACGACAAUUUUAUCCAGGUGCAAAGGGUAAGUGGAUUGAAAUUAGUGAUGUCAACGCAACACAGCAUAAAAAGUCCGGUUUAAAGCUCACGGUCGGACACAGAUAUAUUUCACGACUUGUGGCAAUUAACGGUGCUGGUCUACUUUCGACUUACGAAACAAAUGGAUUUAUAAUAGAAAACACACCACCAAAGAUAAGUUGGAUAAGGGUUGGAGUAUUAUCUGGACUGGAACAUUUGAUAGAUGGCUAUGUAUAUCAGUCAGAUCAUAACGGAAUUAAAGUAUGUUGGUCAGCAAGUGAUCCACAAAGUGGAAUUAAUGCAAUUCAGUAUUCUGUGGGAACAACUAAAGGUUCAACAGAUGUUCUUCCCUGGACAGAGACAGAGAUAUCAUCUAGCAGUGCAUAUCUGCCAUGCUCACUUAACAAUACGGAUACAGACGGAUCCACUGAACCAGUUUACUAUGUGUCCCUGAAAGCGAGAAAUGGGGCAGGACUUUGGAGCACUGUAGCGAACUCAUCACCUAUUAUUGUUGUCCCUGAAGACGUGACAGGUACUGUCCAUGACGGUCCGUAUGAACACUUGAAGGAUGACAUAGAUUAUCAGGCUGAUGCUCACACCGUUACAAUGCGGUUUUCUGGUUUUGAAAGUAGUUUACAUGGUAUAAUGGCGUUUGACUGGGCUAUCGGUACUUCGCCUGGUACCGAGGAUGUGCAGCCGUAUCUUGAGGAUGGAAUAAUACAUAAUGAAGAAGAUGAUGUUUCUGGCAAUGGUUUAACGAGUUCAGGAUAUGCUCAAACUGUUGUUGAUCUUGAUCAUGGCGGAACUUAUUUCACAACACUUAGAGCUACGACAAACAAAGGCGAUAUACUACAAGCGACAACAAAUGGUUUCAUUGUAGACACAACACCACCGGACAUUAUGUUUAAUAAAUUAUCAAAAUCGACAGCACAAGAUUCCGACGUCGUUAUAUAUCAAAAGGACCAGUCAGUGUUAGCGGCAACAUGGAAUUUCUCGGAUUCGGAACAUUUGUUCAAAGACAGCAGCGACAAUAUAGACACUACUUGGUUUUCAGUUGGUUCAGUUCCCUAUGCGGAUGAUAUAUAUAACCGCACAUAUCAAAAUGUUUCAUCAGACAACGAAGGCACGUUACCGGUUGGACAUGUUAGGCCCGCACUUGCUGGUACUACGAAUUUAGUCUCUGUUGGAGUUAAAAACAAGGCUGGGCUAGAAAAAAUGAUUGUGUCUCCACCAGUUGUACAAGACAACAUUGCACCAUUGGCAGGAACUGUGGAAUGUCCAAAGUUUGUUCAGAGCCACUUUGUAAUCGAGUGUACUUGGACUGGAUUUGUGGACAAGGAAAGUGAAAUAAAAAAGUAUUACAUUACUUUCGGUUCAAAACAAGGAUAUGAUGAUUUACUAUUGUCUGAAGAAAUACCAGGACAAAUAACCAGAUUUUCUGCAAAAGAUGUUGUAAAAGAUCAUAACGACAAGAUAUAUGCAACUGUAACGGCAGAAAAUAGAGUCGGCCUGUCAGUAAGAGCAUACUCCAAAGUUAUUGUAGUGGACAAUACUCCACCAUCUCCUGGAGUUGUUGUUGAAUUGUCUAGUGUAGCGAGAGUUAAUCCAAAUGAUGUCGACAAAACUGUUGAAAUGAACAGAAAGGCGUGUUCGUCUAAAGAAGAAUGUCUUAAAAUCGAUGCUGUUUGCACAGAAGCAUUUACGCAUCUUGGUGUGGCUUGGACGCAUUUUAGUGAUGAUGAAUCUGAAAUAACGGAAUACCAACUUGCUAUUGGAACAUCACCGGGAGGAGCAGAGAUAUCGCCAUUCAUACCUUUAUCUUCGGAACUCAAUCACUAUGUCGUUAAAAACAUAGAUUUAAAAGGACUGCGACAGGUGUUUGCAACAAUUAAAGCUUCCAACUUCGCAGGGCUUACAACCAGCGCCUAUUCAAAUGGUGUUUAUUUGUCAUAUUUAAGUCAAGGCUUACCUCCACUUGAACAUAUUGGUAUAUAUGAUGCAAACCAACAUUCUGUCGGGGAUGUAGAAUUCCAGUCAGAUACAAAUUCCAUCGAGGCGAAAUGGGACGUUUCGGGUGAUCCUUGCCCAGUCGUCAAGUUCGAGUGGUCAGUUGAAGAAACAGAUGGGACUGUCCUGCAACAUUUUAUAGAUAUGUAUACUAGCACAAGCGGACGGACAGAUCAGCUGGAUUUGAAAGAAGGUAGAAGAUAUUACAGUCUUGUAAGAGUUCGAAACAUGCUCGGGUUUGUGUACACCUUACGCUCAGAUGGAGUAACAAUCAAUUCAAACCCGAUGUUGCCUGGCAUGGUUUAUGACGGAGAUGUAACAGGAUAUGAUCUCAAGGUUUUGUCAUCCCGGACAAUGGUUUCAGCAAACUGGGAUGGGUUUGGUAAAUUACGUCAAUCGAAAGGCGUCAGUGAAAUACUUACUGGCAACAAGGGUGUCGAUGAAGGAGAGGAGACUGACCCCGACCAAGAAGUUGCCUAUUAUGAGGUUGCGUUAGGAUCUGACAGGCGCUUUGAUAAAACAAGAGACAAUGUCGUCCCAUUUACAAACGUUGGAAAAAAUACUUCUGUAACAUUCAAAGACCUAGAUCUAGAACCAGGAUUUGCUGUUUAUUACUUCACCGUACGAGCCUUUAGCGCAUCUUCAGCGUCGGCAACUAUAACUUCCAAUGGAUUCUUUGUCAGUUUUGACGGAGGUGUUUCUGCUGGAACUAUUACUCUGCCCGACUUUAUCAACUCAAACAAGACUCUUGAUGUCCAAUGGAAUGGAUAUACAUCAAACGUUGGAAUAAUGUUGUAUUACGUUGCCAUAUCUGACCACCAAAACACUUCUUCCGGGGACUGUAGAAGAUAUGUUGACGGUGGGAAAGCAACAGAUACCGAAAAACAUGAACUGUUUAAUGUUUAUCAAGUAACAUCUGUCGGAGUUAGUACAUACCUAUAUAUAGACGACCUGAUGUUGGUGCAAAACUCAACAUACUUUCUAUGGAUUAUGGGUGUUGAUAAAGCUGGUGAAUGUAACAUGACUUACCAUAGUUUUACUGUUGACGUAACAAAACCAGAGAAUGGGAAGAUUACUGCUGGGCCGUAUUUCAACAUGGCUUUGGCGUAUACAAGAUACAGGUCUGAAAUCCAUAUGAAAUGGGAGGGAUUUCAUGAUGGAGAAUCGGGUAUUGAAGAAUUCAGCCUUGAGCUUUGGCACGGAGGACGUUGCUCAGCUGCCAACACACAGACGUUAAUUAAAACGGUCGAGGUUUUUGGAAACUAUACCGAAUACCGAUUCACCAAUCUUAGUAUUGAAAGGUUUGUCGUGUAUCUGGUAAAAAUAAAAGCAGUCAACCGUGCAAAAUUGAUAACAUCGGCGGAGACAUCCCCUGUUGUCUUUGAUGACUCAAUGCCCACAGCCGGUCAUGUCAGUGAAGGGUCUGUGUUUAUUAACGAUAUUGUGUGGUGGGGAUUCACAGAUCACAUAAAAGGGACAUUGUUGCAUAGCGCCGUUCAUGUCAAUGAUCCAUGUCCUUUGAGGAAUAUUUCAAUGUCUGACAGUGGAUGGAGUCCCGUGGAAAUAAAACGAUUAAAUGACCCUGAUGGUGUUGAGUGGAAAAUACAACACAGAGAAGCCAAUAUACGUACCAACACAUACAACGAUGAAGUCAGUAUUAAAAUAUCACGAGAUUCAAAGGCAGAACGCAUUUACUCAGCUGCCUACAUGCGGAGCGCAGACAUGAAAGAUGGUGGUACAUAUGAGUUAUCAAUCCGGGCUGCUGAUGGAGACGGUAUGGCUGUUACAGGCGUCACAUUCUGGGAUGGUGAUGAUGGUGAUCUGCACAUUUUUAAUCACAGAACUAAAACUUGGAAUGAGCUCGGAUCGUGCAGCUGUUGCUUAGAAUCCAAUACUACUGACUGUCUCUGCAACUGCACUGAAUAUUUGAAUACAUUGAACAUGCAUAACGGUACCGUAAAUGAAAAUACAACAGAAUAUAACACGUCAUAUAUUUCUGGAGGUUCUCGUGUAAUAUCCCAACAGUCUUGUGGAAUUCAAAUAUAUGAAGGUAAAGAACCAUAUAUAGUGACAUGGUGCAAAUUUUUCAACAACACUGGCCAAAGCAUGUCUGUCAGAUCAGAACUACAUUUCAGUCCUUCAGAAGAGUUCCAUCACUACAGAAUAAAGUUCUUCAUCGUCAAGGAAGAUAUAACGGCAACUAUCUGCAUCAACGUAUUUGCUGAUGAAAAUCAAAUAUCGGAGAUGUGCGGCAUACCUCCUUUAAGUAUACAUACCAAAUUAAUUUUGCAUGUGUGGAACAAAGACAAUAUUGUACCGACUUUAGAUGUUUUCAAUUUAUGGCAAGCAACGGCAGAUUUUAAAGGUCUCAUCAUGCCACCAGAUAUCAACGCCUUAUGCAGAUAUGGUGAUCCAAUUCAAGGAGGCACAAAUGCAAUCGUCAAAUAUGAAGCAGGUAUUGGAACUACUCCUGGAGCUGUGGACAUUGUGCCUUUCCAAGUGGUGAAUAAACCGUGCAUACCUUGUACAGAUGCUUGUUCACAAUUCGAUUGUGAACACGACUGCAAGUUUAAUGGCUACACUUUGGUACAUUUCACAAUCAAAGAUACAGCAAUCAACGCUACUUACGAUAAGACCUUAUACAUCUCAGUAAAAGCUGUUCUCGGAUCCGGAGCUAACGCUGUUUCAUCAUCCAAUGGAUUCUAUAUUGACAUCACAUCACCUGUAUUCGACGAAGAAGUUAUGAUGUAUAUAGAUGUUCGGCAAGGAGAAUUUACGCCCUCGGACUUUCAAGGCUCAAACAAUACAAUUAAAGCACUCUGGCUAUGUAAUGAUGACAGGAGCGAAAUAGCGGAAUACAAAUGGGCUAUUGGAACAGAAGUCGGUUUGGAAGACAUACAGUCGUACACGUCAACUGGAACGUUUUCGACAGGGACAAACAAUAAUUUAGAAGGGCAGCUUAAACACAACUCUAGUUACUAUGUCAGCGUAAAAUGUACCAACGCGGCAGGUUUAACAACUGUGUGGGAAGACAAAAAGGGUGUUACUGUGCUUCUUGAAGCUCCAGAUCCAGACUCAGUCACAGCAGACGCUGUCGGUGCUAAACACUUUGAUAAGGAAGUUUAUCCCCCGACAGCUGUUAAAUCAAAGGACCCUAGUACUUGCGGGGAAUCUUGGACAGUUAGUACAGAUCCGAAUAUCAGACGUUACGAUUUUUGUGUCGGGAGUUCAAUGGAAACAAUAGAUGAUAUAAUACCUUGUGUUUGGGUUGGAUAUAACAUGUCAGGAGUUGUUGAAAUAAAAAAUGGUUAUCUGUUUAUCGACAACACACCAUAUCGUAAAGUGUCAGAACUACGUGCGUUAAGCAAAGGCGUUUACGAUUACAGUACAGCAAACACAGAUGACAAUACAUUCCGUAUGGAAAGCGGCAGGACUUUGUUCUUAUUCAUGCGUUUAUGUAAUAAAGCUGAAAUAUGCAUCGACAAAUUUGUGAACUCUUUGCUGAUAACAGACGAAAAAUCUGUAUUGUUAAGCUCUGAAUCUGGGAAAGGAGAACGCUUCCAGUUAAAGGAUUCACAAACAGGCCGAGUCAAACGAAGUUCUUUAGAGACGAGCAUAGAAAUGCCAGAAGGUACGGAAAAAGGUCAAAGUAUUUUAUACAAUAAGCUGACUGAGGAAAACAUGACGGCACGCUACGAUUCCGCGGCAUCAACAACAUUUAAAUCUUACAUUGUAAACCCAGAAGAUACCUUAAACAAAACAGAGAGACUCCUUUACAGGCGGAUACACUCAUUUAACCAGUCUUUCACACUAAGUCCAGUUGGCCAAAAGCCGUUUCCUGCUCCAUUGAAACUUACCUAUCCGAAUACUAAUGUCACUGACGAUGCGGACGACACAAUAAUUAUGGUUGUUCACUGGAAUCCAGACCAUCAGCAAUGGCAAAUAACAAAUAGUACAUGCAGUUGGGAUAAUGUAACAGUGGAUGAGGAAAAUAACGACUUAUCAUCUAUUUUGAUUUGCGACACACGUUUGUCAGCUGAUACCAGGACGGAAAAUCAAACAUAUUUUGCAAAGGAAACCCAAUUUGCAUUGGCGACAGUUUCAUCUAAAAUAGUCAACAACCCACCAAAAUUUAUGGAAACUUCGAUCACAAUGGAUGAAGAUUCAGAUGACACACAAUUCCAGCUCAUAGCGAAAGACAUGGAAAAUGAUCCCUUCGUUUACAGCCGCCUAGCAGAGACUUAUGUGUUUGGAAACGUAACUUUAAAUACUGAGGGAAUAUUGACACUUUCAUUGUGUAAAAACUGCUAUGGCAAUUCUUCUGUCAAGUUUUCUCUGGAAGACAAACCUUCAUGGGAUGACAUUGUACCCGCACAGGCAGAUUACUCAGUAGAUAUCGAAAUUUUACCAUUAAAUGACCCACCGAUUAUAAACGCCUUUUCUCGAAAUGGAACAAAUAUAUUACCAAAUGACCCUACUGAACCUAUAUUGAUAUUUAAGGAACAAACAGGGAAGACUAUAUCAGAAAUAGCUGCUGUUGUAAUAGCUUAUGAUAUUGAUGGACCUCAAAACUUACAAAUGAUUUCAAAUACAACCAUAGCAUCUAGCUCCUUCUACUUGAAAGAUGUUGAUCGCCACGAAAUACUAGAUUUAAUGCCCUGCAACCACGCACAGUGUGAGAGUCCUGAUGUUAUUUCGAAGCCUUCAACCGCAGAAUGGAAAGGUGUAUCAAUUAACUACACCCAGGAAAAUACAUCUUUCAUUGGCUUAGAUACUAUUAAAGUAGUUGCACAGGACGAGAAUGGAAUAUUUUCUGAUGUCGUUAGUGUCACACUUGUAGUUAUGGAAAAUAAAUGUCAGCAUGGGCAAUGCAAGAGUUUAAAUCCCCGACAAUAUUCUUGCAACGAUACAAGGAGAGCUGGAAGUUUUGACUUGUACUAUACCUGCGAGUGUCCUGGAUCUUGGGAAGGACCAUAUUGCGGACAAGAUGUUGAUGAGUGUGCGAGAGGUUUUUGUGAAGCUUGGAAGGUCUGUGAUAAUAAGAUUGGAGGUUAUGAUUGCUACUGUAAAGCCACGGACAUUAUUUGUAAACUGUCACUGGAAGUUUGGGAGUUCUCAAUCAUCGUAACAGCUGUCGUUCUUGUCCUUGUUGUUCUUUUAGCUGUAUUUAUUGUGCGGAAAUGCAAGUCAAAGAAAUAUAAGAUGAAAAAGGUACACUUUGACAAAGAGAAUUCGAGAUCAAGCAUAUCUUUAACUGCCUUACUGAAAAAUGCACGGACUCUUGGUCCAGGCCGGCCUCAUUUAGCGAAGGUUGCGCCACUACCUUUGGACAAAGAAGAAGACAAUGGUGAAACAGACACCUCUGUACCUCCAAUACCCCCGAUAUCUACAUUCCUUACAAGCUUUGUUCAUGCUGAUGUACAUAAAGCCGACAACAAUUCCGAAGACGAUGGUUUUGUACAUCCAGCACCCAAAUUUGAUCGUACUCAACUUGUAGCUGAAUUUGAACAGAGAAAAGAGGAAUUAGAGGCCAUGGAUGAAAUACCAGAGGACGACAUGCACGACCAUCCACCGCCCGAGUUGAGUCAGUCACAUUUGGUUACAAAGUAUAGCAAAAAUGCCGUCGCACCCUUGAAUCAUGGCAAACGGAAAUUCCGUUCCGAGUUCAAGCUUUUCUCAGCAUUGAGCAACCUGGAAAGAGUGGACGACAGUAGUAAUAACAUGAAAGAGCACAUGGAUGCAUGUGACGAUGAAGUGAAUCCACCGGAGGAUACAAAGAGAGAUGUUAGAAAUCUGAAAGAUACUAGUAACAUCAAUCUAGAAAAGCCUGUGGGUUCUCUUGAUGGGAAUGCGCAGGAAGAAAACUGACAAAAUAUUUAAACAAAGACUAAACAUUCUGUGAAAAAUCUAUUCCAGUCAGUAACAUCUACAAGAAGGAGUGUAUUAAUUUUGUUUACUUAUAUAUACUAGGUAUACAGCAGUUAUAGAACUUUAUGAAUAUAAUUUAUAACGUUACCAUUAAUUAUGAUGAAAUGACAUUUUGCUUUAUAAUCUAUAUCUUUUAUCGUUUUGUUAUACUCUCUCUCUCUCUCUCUCUCUCUCUCUCGUGUGUUUCAUCAGAACAAUAUAUGUGUAUGAACAUUUAUGCUUUCUUUGUUGUAGCAGUUUGAAAAGUUAAUUAGACAAAUAAGAUGAUAUAGUUUUAAAUUGCAUGCAAAAAUGUUUGCUUAAGCAUUAAUUGAAUGCGUUUUAAACUUUUAUAUCGAACAUUUAGAUUUUCGUAUUUUACUAUCGCAUUUAACUGUGCUGCUUAAACAUUAAUUUUAAGUAUGGUGGUAUAUUUCUGCCAAGAGAUAGCUAGGUAGCUAUUGCGAUAAUAAAAAGAAUUACCGUGAUAAAAGUUUUCUGAAAAGAUUAUCUUAAUAGCAAAUAUUAUUGCGAAAAUUUACAUUAUUAUUUCGUUCCCUUUCGCGCGAGUGAAGUACCAACAACUGCAAUUUAUUAGCAAGGAAAGGAAAUUUUGAUAUUUUUAACUUUACUGAAAUGUUUCCUAGAAAUAUUUUUGACAAUAUUAUCUCGAUAUUUUGUUCCUAUUUAGAGCCGAGAGCCGCCAUUUUGAUAUCUAUAAAUAGCACCCUACUGAAUCGAUGGUUGUCGGUGCGGCGUUAAACACCCCCACCCCCACCGCCCCAAAAGAAAAAAAAGAAUCGAUGGAACACUGUUGAAACCAUUUAAUUUAACACUGAACUUACCACCACCAUGCAGUAGAUACUGUAGAGUGCAAACCUCAAAGUCUUGCGCCAAUAACUAAUAUCAUCGUGUACUAUUUAUAGCUAAUCAAGCAGCUGUGCCGUUGCAGUAACGGAAUUCUGGGCUUAAAUGAAAGCAAUAAUAAUAUUAGGAAAAACAAAUAAUUGCUAUAAUAUUUUCAGAAAAUUGCACAAAUUUCCUGAAAGGCUUAGAACUCUAUCGUGAUAGCUACCAAGCAUAUCGUGGCAAUUUCGAGAAUUAACGUGAAAUUUGCGCUAAAAUAUUUUCACAAAAUAUUAUUUGAUACAGAUUUUUUCCAAAAAGAAAAACACACAGACACAUAUCAUAUUUUGCUUCAAGCUCUUUGAACAAAUCCUUAACAUAUCUGUUAAUAGAAACACUACAAACGAAGGGAAAUACAGCGACCACUUUAUAGGUUGGUCACUGAUCAUAUGAUUUUAUUAUACUUUUCAUGAGAUGUUGUUUUUGUCAUGAAAUUGAUGUUUGUAAUAUUUAACCCUUUCUCUUUACUUUUGAUCUGUCUACUUGCUUUUGAAAAAUAAACAGACUCUAAAAGUG